AUGACUUCACUCGAGGACUUAGCAGACGAGAUAGUCCUCGAGAUCUUGGAGCAUCUCGAGCUAGACAAUCUCACAUUAUCCUCCAUCUGUCGGACUUCAUCUCGACUCAACAGCCUUGCGCGACCGAUAUUAUAUAAAAGCAUAUUCCUCAUCCUCCCACCCCAUGAACCAAUCAUCCAACUCACCCAAUCCCUCGAUUCAGACAAAGACCUCGCACCUUUAAUCCAUCGCCUCCACCUCACCUGGCCAAGCGGCGGCCACGUCCCCGCCUACGACAAAGUCAAGAUCCAAGAGCUCCUCCACAAGCUGACCUCGCUCCGACACCUCUGCGUCCGAGUCCCCCACGACCAAAGAUCCACGCUCUCCGUCCUCGAAUUUGCAGAAUACAAAGAACUGCAAUAUGUCAACUUCGACUAUCCCGACCUCACCAACGCGACGAUCAUGAAGUUCAUGUUCCUGCCCAAGAUCAAACAAAUGGAUAUCAUGUUCUUCAAAAGCUUAUCAGACCCCACCAUCCCACUGGAUUGUCAGCCCGGCACUUCACCCGUCGAAACCCUCCGCUUUGGCACCUGCACGCCGCGAGAAGUUGUUCUGAGGACCUUCCUCCAGUGUCCUGCUGCUCUGGAGACGCUCAGUUUCACGGUCCCUCCGUUUGCCGAGCAAUUCCAGACCUCAACGUCAACGAGGGAUUUCUCGCCGAGGAAGAUUGGGGAUGCGCUGGCGCCGGUCAGGCAUUCGUUGGUUAAUUUGACGGUUGGGAGUAGGUCGAUACAUCGACAUGAUGGAUCGAGACUGGAUAUUAGCGCUUUUGAGAAGUUGACGCAUAUAUCUGUGCCCUCGAUCUUGUUUUUCAAGUCGAGUAGGCCACGUGAUGGGGUGUAUCGACUUUUGCCGCGAUCACUAGAAACCCUCGAGAUCUGUUUCUCCGAACCACCCUGGAUCUUCCAAUCCGAUACCGUCAUCGAAGAAGACGAGGAAGCCGCGGCUGCAGCAAAGGAGAAAUGGAUUUUGGAAUUGGCUUUGAAUAAAGCGGUGUACCUGCCUUUGCUUUCUCGAGUCAAACUGAGAGAGUUGCGGAGGGUCAAUGUAUAUCCUUUCACGGGGUACAAAUCGCCUAUCCCGGAGAAUAUCCAGGAGGCAUUCGAUGAGAAGGACAUCCACAUUGAGAUUUGGACUCGGAAGCUGAGGUGA